UUGUCCCAGCAUCCACGGCUCUCAUUUCCAGACUUUCCAGGAGACGCUGAGGAUGUCGACCUCCCUGGUUUUUACUCUGCUGUUUUGUCAUCUGGCCUCAGCGAUGGUCGUCCAUGACUUCAACCAGGUGGAGCAGUGCAAGAACUCCCUGUACAUGGGGACCCCGCCGCGGGGGUUCACCAACCCCACGCUGAAGAAGAUCUGCCAGUUUUAUGCCGACAAACCUCGAUAUGUGACCCUGUACGAUCCUCACGACAGGAUCCCAGUUUAUUCAGCGUACACCUUCAAGAAAACUGAGGGGGACAGGCGUGUGGAUUACCCCUGGAUGUAUGAGCCACAGCUUGCAGAAGUGGACGGAAACGGCAACAUGCUGCCGUUCCCCACCGGUUACCUCCACAUGAAGUUCGAGGACAGCCAGGCUGUGCUGGACGACUACUCUGACGUGGUUCUGUACGAGAGAGGCCACCUGAACCCGGACCAGCACCAGUCCACCCCUCACGACCGCGCUGCCACCUACACCCUGACCAACGUGGUGCCGCAGAUCCGCGAGUUCAACAUCGGGCCGUGGCGCGAGCACGAAGAACGGAUCAGGGUGCGCCUCAACAACUUCUGCCGCGGCACCGCCUUCGUCGUGACGGGGGUGACCACCACGGGUCACGCCAUCCACCGCAACAACCAAAGGCGCGUGGGGAUCCCCGAGGACAUGUGGUCCGCCUACUGCUGCACUGACUACGACCGCAACGCGCCGCACGACGUCCGCACCCUCUUCCCAGCCCACGCGGCCUUGGCCAAAAACGCCAAGGAGGGCAACAGCAUUCACGAGAUGACGGUGCAGGAACUAGAGAGCUUCCUAAUAAGCCACAUCAACGUGGACAAGAACCUGCAGAUCUUCUAUGACAACUGCAGAGCGCCGUCACCGCUUCCUGUGUACCUGCAGCACACCAUCUGAGCGCAGCAGCCUCACCUUUUUGACCCUUUUGGCUUGCCCUACUUAUGUGUUUGUCCUCAAGAAAACACUUUCAAAUGUCCUAAUUAGUUUGAAAAUAAUUACAUCUGUAUAAGACAAAACAAGAAUUGACUAAUUUAAUAAAAUCUGUUCAUUAA